UGAGACAGGGGUCACUUUGUCGCUGUUAAGCAGUUAACGAUUACACACUGGAGCAACAAAGAAAAGACAAGCUGCAAUUUUCUUGCUGGGGCUGUCAAUCAGCCCGGACAUUUUAGAAGUGUUUUCACUUCAUUUUGACUUUGUAAUGUCAGCGCUCAUUUCUUUGUUAUGGUUGCGGCCAUGUUGUCAAAGUCUCAGAUGUGUGGAUGGACUUAAAAACAGCACAAUGUGGCGGACAUGCAGUGCAAGCUGGCUUCAGCUGUGUCGGCGACUCCAUGUGGACAGUCCUCCAUGUCGACCCUCUCUGACCAGUAGCUAUGUCCACGGCACCUCCACCAUCUCCCUACUCAACCAGACAGUGGGACAGAGCCUGGAAGAUGCUGCGCAGCGCUGGCCUGACCGUGAGGCCUUGGUCUUCCUGCAGAAUGGUGUUAGGAAAACGUUUGCACAGUUUCAGCAGGAUGUUAACAAGGUGGCGGCAGGUCUUCUGGCACUGGGCCUGCAGAGAGGGGACCGUCUAGGUAUUUGGGGACCCAAUACAUAUGAAUGGGUCCUCUUCCAGUUUGCUUCAGCCAAGGCGGGAAUCAUACAGGUGUCUUUGAACCCAGCCUAUCAACUGAAAGAAGUGGAGUUCACUCUUAAAAAGGUCCAGUGUAAAGCUGUGGUGUGUCCCAGCUAUUUUAAGACCCAAAGGUUCUGUGACAUGCUGCGGGAGCUCUGCCCAGAAAUUGACAUGUCACAAGCAGAGGCCAUCAAGAGCUCCAGGCUACCUGACCUCCGCAUGGUGAUUGUGACGGACAGCCGUCAGCCAGGCAUGCUGCACGUGGAUGACGUCUUCCAAGCGGCAGAGAGUCAUCACUACGGACAGCUGAUGGAGCUCCACAGCAAGAUAUCAUGCGAUGAAGCCAUUAACAUUCAGUUCACCUCUGGCACCACCGGCAAUCCAAAGGGAGUCACGCUAUCCCAUCACAACAUUGUCAAUAAUGCCUACUUCCUUGGGCUUAGAGCGGGUUACAACUGGAGACCUCGUGUGAAGGUGUGUUUGCCGGUGCCAUUGUACCAUUGCUUUGGGUCUGUGUUGGGAGGAAUGUGCAUGGCUUUGCAUGGAAUCACACUGGUCUUUCCUUCCACUGCCUAUGACAGCCAGGCCAACCUGGAGGCCAUUCACAAUGAAAGGUGCAAUUUCAUCUACGGCACUCCAACCAUGUACACAGACAUGGUCAGCCGGCAAGAUCUACAAAAGUAUGAUUUUUCAUCAGUGGAAGCUGGCAUCAUGGCAGCUUCCCCAUGUCCCCCAGAGCUUCUUGCAAAAGUGAGAGCAAACAUGAACAUGAAAGAGCUUAUGAUAGGUUAUGGCACAACUGAGAACAGCCCUGUCACAUUUCUGGGAUUCCCACUUGACAAUGACGAGCUGAAAUUGCACACUGUUGGCUGCGUCAUGCACCAUGUUGAGGCUAAAGUGGUGGAUGUCAACACUAAUGAGACAGUACCUCUGGGGAGCACAGGUGAGCUGCUAAUCCGAGGCAGCUGUGUGAUGCAUGGAUACUGGGAUGAGCAUGAGAAAACCCAAGAGGUCAUCUCCCAAGACCGCUGGUACAGGACUGGUGACAUCGCCAGUCUGACUGCGCUGGGAUACUGCCGUAUUGAGGGACGCAUAAAGGACAUGAUCAUCCGAGGAGGAGAGAACAUCUACCCUGCAGAGAUAGAGAAUUUUCUCCUCUCUCACCCCAAAGUGCAGGAUGUGCAGGUGGUUGGAGUGAAAGAUGAGAGGCUCGCAGAGCAAGUGUGUGCAGCCAUCAGACUAAAGGAAGGGCAAACAUCGACUGCAGAGGAGAUAAGAGCAUUCUGCAAAGGCCAAAUUUCCCACUUCAAAGUUCCUCACUACGUGAUCUUUGUGGACAGCUACCCCGUGACUGCAUCUGGAAAGGUCAAGAAGAACGUAUUGAAGGUGAACAUGGAAAACCAACUAGGCCUUGAAGCUUGAGGUGAUACCUUUGACAUGGAAAAGUCCUCAAGGCAGUGGAAUCAUGGAUGGAUAAAGUCACCUUUUGAUUCCUCACAUUAGAAGCACAAGUCAUGGCGUAAACACUGUUAAUCUCAAUGUUUAUUUAAUGUCAAGAUCAUUCCACAAUGGCUUUAAGCACUGUGCAUCACUGUUUAAACACAUGCCAUACAAACUUUGGAAUAAAUAAAAAGACCUUCAUGUCCAAAAGGUGGCUAAACAACCAGCCUUGCAAGCAUUGUACAGUACACACUGAGCAUAGGAACACAUUAUAAUAAAACAGGCUUUGUGCCAAAGAACACUUUGUAGCAUUAAAUAACUAUGAAACAAUUUGUCAUGGUAAAAAUGGAAAAUUGGCAA